AUGGCCUCGCUGGCCUCACCCAGCCAGCCGCGGUCGCCGCAGCAGGUCUGCGACAACUGCCGAUUCCGCAAAACGAAAUGCGACCGCGGCCUUCCCUGCAGCAGCUGCGUGGCCUCGUCCAUCCGCUGCCAGUACCUUCACACGCUUCGCCGUAAGGGGCCUCGCGGUGGCAAGGGACGGCGCCUGCUGCAGAUACGGCAGGGCCUCACGCAGCUGGACAAGGACCAUAUCGAAGUCAGCACUCCGGCGCAGCUUCAGCUCGAGGGCGCCGCUGCAGAGGAGCCGCCGCUACAGUCCUCCGUGGACGCCCGAACGUCGUCUACCUCGGAGCGCAGCAAGCAUCAGCUGGCUGUUGCACUGGCGGCCAAUGUCCAGGUCUUCUUCAAACACCUCUUCCCCAUCAUGCCAGUACUCAAUGACGCCGAGGUCCUCGCCGAUGCCCUGCAAUUUGACGAGCUGCCCUUUCCGCGACAAGCGUUUAUUCUGUCGCUCUGCGCCGCGACGCGCAUACAGCUCAAGCUGGACUACGUCGAAGAGUGCGAUGACGCGCACACGUCCCUCAACGCGCACCUUGGGUCCCCUCUGACGGGCGAGGGGCUUCUCUCGGCCGCCAAAAGAUUGCGACGGCAAUUCGACAUUGUCGACAACCGAGGGCUGGACGCUGUCCUGACGUCCUUCUUUCUCUUUGCGGCGCACGGGAACCUGGACCAGCACCAUCACGCGUGGUUCUAUCUCAACGAGAGCAUGACGGUGGCAUUCUCACUCGGGUUGGACAAUGAAGCAACGUAUUUCAACCUUCCCAAGGGCGAGCGCGAGCUGCGUCGGCGCAUAUUCUGGCUACUCUUCGUGACAGAGAGGACGUAUGCCCUUCAACACCGCCGGCCAGUCAUGCUGCGCAGCACCAUCACUAAGCCACAGGUCGUCGAUUCGGACUGUCCCGUGGUCAUGCACGAUUUUGUCAACCACAUCCGUCUCUUCGAACUGCUUCCGCACUCCCUAUACGACUGGCUGCCAAACAGCGACCCGACGCAACAGCAGGGAUCGAGCAUUGUGCUCAGCCAGCGCGUCGCCGACAAGCUCUGCGCUGUGCAGGCCACAGACUCGGUACUCGAGAGCCAACGAUUCGACACGCUCGUUACCCAGCAGUGGUUGCGAGUGGCCAUGUGGCGCCUUGCGUACGGCGUCAACCCGAGCCUGAUGUACGGGCAUGCCGCUUCGCCAAGCUUGAUCGUGCCAUUUGAGGCGGGAAAGACCAUCAUGGCGCAGCUGGACGUUGUUAGCCAGACCUCCAAGGAUUGUCACGGCAUUGGCAUUGAACAAAAGCUGUUUGACAUUGGUAUCAGCCUCGCCGACGCCUCAAUGGUGACUUUUCCAACUUCAUCAUUCGAGUUUGGGUCACUGGAUCUACUGUCCUCUAUCGUCAAGUGCCUCGGUCGCAUCCGCGGAGGCAAAUCACAUCUGUUACCCGAGUUGCUCAAGCACUCCGAAGGCGUUUUGGCCUGCACCUCGCCCGCUGCGCAGAUUGACAUGCAGUGGGCGCUAGGCGACGAGUCCAGCUCGGAUCCAGAUUCAGCCGCGGACGGUGCACCCAUGCAGCUCGAAGACGCGCCGACCGGCCAGGACGCAUGUGAGUUGUCGCAGUUUGACACGGUAGGCGCGUUCAUGUCCGCUUCCUGCGACAAGCUGGGCUUUGACGACGUCGAUGCGGGGCAGUUGGCGUGA